AUGCAACCACAGCUGUUCCAGUACCUGUUCCUCUCAACGAUCCUCGGCCUGUCUGCCGCCUCCGUCGUCAAGGUCCCAGGCCCUCACGACCAACGGGCCAUCAGCGAUGAUUUAAGCUCAAGUACACACACACUACCCACGGAAUCUGGUUACGAGCCUACCAGUACAUCCGAUAUCAGCAGCCAAGGUGGAGGAGGCGGAGGAGGUGGACAAGGACAGCAGCCAGACGAUGGAAGGCCGACGCAUGAUCCGCUCCCUAUCUCACCGCCUACUGGGCACAAGACCAACAUGGGUGCAGCCGUCGGGUACUCGUUACUGGGUCUGGCUGCUGUCGCCGUUGUAAUCGGCUUUUGCCUUGGGCUCAGAUGGAGGAGAAAACUUCGGAGGCGGGCUAGGGAGGAGUAUGAGAUGAGCAGGAGGAUGAGGAGGGGUUACCGCCCCCGGGUGAGAUUCGCGGCAUGA